AUGGAGGACACUAAAAGCAAGGGCCAACCCGACUACUCGGCCUGGAGUAAUUCCAGCCUGAUCGCGCGCAUAACAGAGUUAGAGCGCCAGCUGUCCUCUAAGACGACAGAGUUCACAGCGCCAACCGAAGAAUCGUUGCAGACACCCUGCUCUUCUUCCGCGCCCAUCGCUACCGACGUCCACGAGGCUGCGAUUCCUCUUACCGAGCCCUUCAAUCCUUCUACGAAGCGACCACACUCUCCUCAAGAUAGCGACAGUACCCCAGUGCUUGCGCCGACGCGGCUUGUCAAAGCCCCGAAACCUCCAAGACCCGAGCGCAGCUUCGACCCCUCCAAAUACACAACGCGGUUUAUUGCGCUCAAGUUCGCAUAUCUGGGACAGGCAUACAAUGGGCUCGAACAUACAAACGGCAAUACCACGCCUCUGCCUACCGUUGAAGAGAUUAUGUGGAAGGCAUUGCGGCGUACAAAACUCAUCUCCCCCGGCACCACCUCUGAUCUUGAGCCGACCGAAAGAGGGGAGCGCGUCCCCAUGCGCCCCUACCACCUUUAUUGGGAUGGAUGCGAUUACUCCAAAGCAGGUCGUACCGAUAAGGGCGUGAGCGCUUUUGGGCAGGUUAUUGGACUGCGGGUCCGCAGUCAACGACCCAUGCCCAAGACUCCCACCGAGGGCGAGGAUGCGAUGCGCGUUGACUCGGGAUCUACUGAAAAGGAGUGGGAUGAUGUAGCCGAUGAGAUGAACUAUAUCAAUGUUCUAAACAGGGUGCUUCCGGAAGACAUCCGGGUCCUGGCUUGGUGUCCUAACCCGCCGCCUGGUUUCGAUGCCCGCUUCUCCUGCCGUGAACGUCGGUACAAGUACUUCUUCACCAACCCCGCGUUCGCUCCCACACCCGGGCCCCUUGGGUUCCAGAACCGCGCAGAGAACGGCAAUGGCCCGCGUGCUGAGUUCCGUGAGGGCUGGCUCGACAUUGAGGCUAUGCGCGAGGCAGCUAAGCAUUUCGAGGGUAUGCAUGACUUCCGGAAUUUCUGCAAGUUGGACACCAACAAGCAGAUUGAUAAUUUCGAACGCAUUAUCCUUCACUCUAGUAUCGAAGCCGUCAAUCCCAAGGUCAACCCCGUGGGGUAUGUUGGCCAACCUGGAUUCCAGGCCAAAGAGGGUUGUGUGCCCGAACCGGAUUUGACGACUCCCAAUACGGUUUCUCAAAGUAUCCCUCAGGUCUACUCGUUUAACCUCCACGGUUCUGCCUUCUUGUGGCACCAGGUGCGCCACAUGGUUGCAAUUCUGUUCCUAGUCGGACAGGGAUUCGAGUCCCCAUCUAUCGUCCCUGAACUGCUGGACAUUACCAAGAAUCCACAAAAGCCAAUAUAUGCAAUGGCUGAUGAUGCUCCGCUGGUGCUUUGGGACUGCAUUUUCCCCGAUCUGAAUUCCGACAGUCGCCAGGAUUCCUUGAACUGGGUCUAUGCUGGUGACAAUGCUGCAAACUGCAAGGGAACCGCCAAGGGUGAUAGCAAAUUCGGGCUGCGGGGUACCGUUGAAAGUUUGUGGGCCGUUUGGAGAAAGCGAAAGAUAGAUGAGAUUCUAGCGGGUGCUCUGCUAGACUUGACUGUCAGCCAGGGUGACCAGAACGUGGAAAAUCUUGACAAACAGUGGCAAAAGGCGGGUUAUUCCAAAAGAGGACACAGAGGUGCCAAGGUCUGGUGUGGUGGAAACGAUACUGUUGUUGGCGGGAAAUACAUCCGUGUCGACCAGAAGGGUAAGAUGGAGACCGUGGAAGUUCAAAAUGCCAAGGGACUUCUCACAAAGCAGCGAAGACUAGCAAGGAUGGAGGGUGCACAAGCGGCAUCGGAAUGA